AAAUGCCUGAUUAUCGCGCCUUACUGCGCGAAGCGCUAUCGCCACGAUUAGAACCUGGUCUCUUACCGUUGCCAACUGUCUCACUUAGUAACGUAGACACGGAAGAAUCACAUAACUGUGUUAUUCUAGAACCUAAUUCCGAUGAACGAUCGCAAUUAUUCCACGAAGGAAUCACAGAACUGAAUAAAGGGGGAUAUGCACUGUUGAUACUCUCAGGCGGCCUGGCCACCAGAUUGAGGUACGAGCUACCCAAGGCACUCCUGCCAAUAUCGCCAAUACGCAAAAAGACAUUGCUACAGCUACAUUUAGAGCGUGUUAGACGCUUGGAACAUAUGCUGGAUCAUGAUGCGCCGAGACCUAAGGUAUUCAUAUUGACAUCCAAAUUCAACCAUGAUGAUAUAAGGAACUACCUUGCAUCAGUUAACUUCUGCGGACUUGAUAAGGACCAGGUGAUAACGUUCCAGCAGGAUACCGCGCCGUAUGUUGCGUUGAAUUUUGAUGACUUUAUACCAUCGGAAGGUGACUCGGGGACUCUCAUGGAGUCCCCCAAGGGGAACGGCGAUGUCUUCCACGCACUGUCCAAAUGCACAGAGUUCAUGUAUAUUGUAGAUAAGCUAAAAAUGAUACACGUUAUAGCUAUAGACAAUGCUUUGUCAAGACCGCUUGACCCUGAGUUGCUAGGCCUGUCCAUGCGUUUCCCAGGGCUGGAGGUACUGAACAAGUGUGUCGUUAGAAGAGGGCAGGAGAACCUUGGUGUUUUCUGUAAAGGAAGCUAUGCCCAGAUCGUUGAAUAUAGCGAAAUAGAAAAGUUACCGGAGAAUUCAGCUGCAUUCCUGAAUAGUACGAACACUAUAUAUGGCAAUAUAUGUGACCAUCUGUUUUCAGCACAAUUUAUCAAGAAGGUGAUAAAUAACAGAUUAUAUGAAUCGCUUCCAUAUCAUGCAGCUAUGAAAUCUGUGAUAGCUAAAUCAAGUGAUGCUACGGAAACAUACGGGUAUGCACUGGAGCUGUUUAUAUUUGAUAUUUUCGCAUUUGCGACGAAAUUAGUGUGUAUAGAGGUUAAUCGGGAAAUGCAGUUUGCACCAGUUAAGUAUUUUGCAGAUCGGGAUUUCGCCAACAUUUUAUCGGCACAGCAUCGUAUGAGUGCGGUAGCAAAACAGUGGUUGGAAGCAGCCGGCGCUAUCGUCAAAGAGGGCCUAAUUGAAAUAUCACCUUCUAUAAGCUAUGGCGGGGAAAACCUAGAUCAAUACAAAGGUAAACACAUAGAAGGCGAUGUAUACAUCGAGUGAAGUUACGCCCAUCUUUC